AUGGAGCCCUGGGUCAUCGUGGCCAUCACAGCUGGCAUUGAUGUGGUAGUGUGUGCCCUUUUCUCGGUCAUAUUUCGGCCAUGCGUGGACAAAGAUGGCAACAACCGGAUCGGCUUGAACGAACUUCCGCAGUGGGCAGUAUCACUUGGUCCGGUGGUGGACGGCGGAGGCUUUUACAAUCUUGGGACACUGACUUUGCUGCAGACAUUGCUUGAAGCAUUCGCAUUUAGUGCGACCUAUGGCCUGAUCACCGUGCUGACAUGUAACGUACUGUUCAUCCGUCUUGAUAAGACACUGGGCAGCAUUUUGACGGUUUACACGGUCUUCCAGGCAAUGCAGUUCCAGUGCACCUACAGCACCAAUGGCGUGCACGUGGCCACAAGUCAUAUUAUCCAUUUUGUGUACUAUGCCUGUGGCUUCUUGCCACUAUACUUUUACCGUCGAAGCAUGGCUGCAUGGCUGGUAACAGCCUUAGUGGCAGUGAGGCUCAUUGCACACACUGCCCUUAAAUUCUAUGUUUGGCCGAAGUAUCCAAGUUUCCACCAGAUUUUUCCUCUCUUCGAACGAGUGAAUGGUGAGUUGAAGCAGUGGUGCACCGUAGAGACAUACCCGGAGAAGUCGAAAAGUUUGCCUUUGAUGCAGUUGCUGUCGCUGUGCAUCCCAUUUCCUGUGUACGAAAUGUUGAAUAUGCACAUCACAAGCUGUAUGUGUUUCGGAGGUAUCAUCAGCCUUCUCUGUAUGGUAGCACUGCCUGAGGGAAGCGACACGAGCAGAAGUCUUGCGAUUACAGUCGGCGCAUCCAGUCUCGCGGCUCUCCUCUACAUGUUUCUGCCAUGUGGAUGGGUCCCGGGCAAGUUGGCCACACUUUCCCGGUUCUUCCCACGCACACUCGCCGUGCUUGGAUUUGCGGCAGGUGCCGGCCUUGUUACUUUGAACUUGACGCCAGAAUUCAGGGCCACCACCGACAACAUGGCUGCAGUUAUCAUCGUCACAGGCCACUCGUUGCAUGCCUUCGGCCUCUUUCUGUUCUUGUGGUCUUGGUUCGCAGCGCGACGGCACUUGUCCUACUGCUUUGGUGCUGCAGAGUACGAUGCCGUUCCGAAGCUGGGUAAACCAGCACAGCAUCCAGAGCAAAGUCUGUAA